AUGUCUGAACCAAGUAACCCAUCCAAAGAAUUUGUCAGUUCAAAUUCAAGCGAACAACCAUCAAUUGAAGUACCUACCACCUCCGAACAACCAAAUCUUCAACAUGAUUAUCAAGUCAAUGACUCCGUUAAUAAAGGGAAUGAAAAGAGUAAAUGGACCAGAGCUCGUUCUGCUGAUAACAAAGAUGAGAAUGAGUCCAAGAGAUCAAAGAAGGUUAAUCUCAAUGCAGAAGAAAGAAGACAAAGAAAAACAUAUGAUACGACAGAGUUUAUACCUAUGGUAGAUGAAAAUGGGAAUGAACUUCCUAAAUCUGAAAGAAGACCAAAGAAGAAAGUUGCUUGUAUGAUUGGAUAUUGUGGAACUGGAUAUAAUGGUAUGCAAUUACAAAAUGAUCCAAAGAUUCCAACUAUUGAAAGAGAUAUUUAUGAAGCUAUGGCUCGUGCCGGUGCUAUCAGUCCUGAAAAUGCAGUUGAUAUUAAGAAAUCUUCAUUCAUGAGAGCUGCUAGAACUGAUAAAGGUGUUCAUGCUGCUGGUAAUGUUAUCUCAUUAAAGAUGAUUAUUGAAGAUUCUGAUAUCUUAACAAGAAUCAAUGAAGAAUUACCUGAACAAAUCAGAGUAUGGGGUAUUCAAAGAGUUACUAAAUCAUUUGAUUGUCGUAAAAUGUGUUCUUCAAGAGUUUAUGAAUAUUUAUUACCAACUUAUUCUUUACUUCCACCAAAACCAAAAAGUACUUUACUGGAACUUUUAAUUAAAAAGAAUGAACAAUCACCAGGAUAUUUACGUUCAGAUGAAGAAGGUAUUGAAUGGUGGAAACAAACCAGAGAAUAUAUCUUAAAGGAAGGCGAUUUAACUGAACAACAAUUAGACGUUGAAAUUCCAGCUUUAUUAACUAACGAUGCAGUUAAGAUUUAUAAUGAAGAUGGAGAAGUUACUGAAGAAGGUAAAUUAAUCCGUAAAGUUAAACAACUUGAAAACAAAUGUCGUAGAAAUUAUAAAGUAUCUGAAUCUCGUUUAGAUUUAUUCCGUCAAACCAUGAAACAAUACGAAGGUACCCAUAAUUUCCAUAAUUUCACCAUUGGGAAACAUUUCAAAGAACCAUCAUCAAAAAGAUACAUUAUCUCCACCACCGUCUCUGCUCCAUUCGAUAUCGAAGGUACACAAUGGGUAUCUAUCAAACUCCAUGGUCAAUCAUUCAUGCUUCAUCAAAUCCGUAAGAUGAUCGCCAUGGCCACUCUUGUCAUCCGUACUGGUUGUCCCGUUGAUAUCAUCUCUCAAUGUUUCCAAUCCCGUAAGAUUAAUAUCCCAAAGGCUCCUGCUUUAGGUUUACUUUUAGAAAAUCCUGUCUAUGAAGCAUAUAAUCAAACUCUUGCCAAGAUGGAGUAUGAUGAUAUUGAUUUCAAUAAAUAUGAGAAGGAAAUGGAUGCAUUUAAAUUGAAAUAUAUUUAUGAUAAGAUUUAUGCUGAAGAAAAUAAAGAGAAUGUGUUUUAUGCUGGUAGUGGAGGUGCUGGUGACGGAAUUAUUUGCAUUGGAAGUAACUGGGAUACGGCUGGGAUUUGUCCUUCAUUAUCUUUACCACUGUCGACAUUAACUUUACUAGUACCUUCACCAUUUUCAACUUUACCUUGUUGUCUUUGUUUUUCUUGUUGA